UGCGUGAGUUGACACACUUAAAGAUGUCUGCUGACUAUAAGUCAUGUGACCAGAGCGGGCUCGAUGAUUGGUUAUCGGAAAUGAACCAAGAAUAUCGCCAAUACAUGUACCAGAUGAUGAAAUCUGGGUUAGAUAAAAGAUAUCUCUCCCAUGUUUGUGAUGAUGAACUCAUGCAGGACUGCGGCAUCAACAAUGGAAUUCAUCGCAAACGCAUCAUGCAGAAAAUUGCAGCCAUGAAGGAACUGCAGAUAUACAGUGACCAGUGUAGUAUUGACUCGGCUGACGUCAGUCUCAUGUCCCGUUCCAUGGAUGUUUUCAUCAGUUAUCGGCGUGCCAACGGAUCUCAACUUGCCAGUCUGUUAAAGGUUCAUCUUCAGCUGCGAGGGUUUUCGGUUUUCCUUGACAUUGAGAAACUACGAGCUGGGAAGUUUGACGAAGGGCUUCUGAGUAGUGUUAAAAUGGCCAAACACUUCAUCAUUGUUCUGACUCCAAACUCCCUGGACAGAUGUAUCGGCGACAACAACCAGAAAGACUGGGUCCACAAAGUAAGGUUUUAAACAGACAUGAC